CCCCGAGCGCAGAGCGGCGGCGGCGGGGCGCUGCCGGAGCCCGCUCGCCGGGCCAUGGCCAGCACCGGCUCCGCGCCCGGGGGCGCGGGCCCGGGCUCGGGCACGGCGCUGCCCACCCGCUUCCAGGAGACGGAGAAGCUGCUGUCGGCGACAGAGGGCCGGGAGGAGAAGGGCCUCCGCGGCUCCAAAUCCUUCACGGCCGCCUUGCCCGGCGAGACGGAGCGCAACGGGCACGGGCUCGGCUACAAGUCGGUGUCGGUCGGGCACCUGGAGGCGCCGCCGCUGUCGCCGUCCCGGCUGAGCCUGGGCAGAGCCUCGUCCACGGCCACCAGCACGGCGGCCCCGGAGCAGGGCCGCCCGCGGGACUACCUGGUGCUCGCCAUCUUCUCCUGCUUCUGCCCCGUCUGGCCCAUCAACAUCGUGGGCCUCGUCUUCUCCAUCAUGUCGAGGAACAGCGGGCAGCAAGGGGACACGGACGGCGCGCGGCGGCUGGGGCGCAUGGCCAGGCUGCUCAGCAUCGUCUCCAUCGUGCUGGGCACCAUCAUCAUCGUGCUCUACAUCUCACUCAGCGUCAGAGGUUCCUAGAAGACGUUUCAGCAUGCAAAUACCUUGAAGAGGAGGAAGACAACUUUCCUUUUGGGGUUUUUACUUUCAGCCUUGCAACAAAACAAAAAAUUGUCAGAGUGUAGGUGGGCAGCCCUAGUCGGGCUGCUCUGGAGCGCCGUCGGAAGGAACCGCAUGCUUCAGUUGAGUCUUGGGAAGGAGCCUGUGCGAGGGAUGGCAUCACAAUCACCCUGAGCAGGAAUGGGAGAGCCACGUGGAGAGGAGAAGGGGGAAAUCCACUACCUCAUUCCCCUCCAGCAGAACUCACUGGAGGAGCGGGGAGACAACUAAAGUGCAAGAGGAGGGGAGAGUCUCCAGAAGGAAGCUGGUUUUGGAAGGGAGAAUCCCAGGCGAGAAACGGGACGUUUCGAGGAGUCCUCCUGAGAAUUUUGGCACAAGUCACUGGAUUUUUGGGGGGUUGUUGGUUUUUAAAUCGUCAAAUUCUCUGUCUCUACAAAAAAAAAAAAAAAAAAAGAAAAAACAAAAAAAAAAACAACAAAACAAAGCUCAAACUGCCAUCAGGAGCUGAGAGCUGUUCCACGGAGGAGGAGGGAGAGCAGAGCUCUGCUCCGAACGGAACGCAGCCGCCGAAGCUGGAGGAUGUGGUGGGUGCUUUUGUAUUUUUGAUGAAAAAAAAAAAAAAAAAAGAGACAAUGACCAUUUGCAUGCCUUUGGGAAUGUUCUCCAUGUCUGUUCCUACGAGCUCUUUUAUCACUUAGGGCAGAUCUCAGAGCUGGCAGAGCAGGAUGUUGCUGCAUGAGAACCCCAGGCUCCUCCUCACCCCCAUCCCACGGUGGGCUUUUCAAUGGAAGGCAAAAUCAGGCGUUCCCUGUGGAUCCACACGUUUCUCUGUGCACCCAGAGGGAGGUUGGCACCCCUGGCACUGAGACAAGAGCCUGGUUAAUGCCCAGCAGCAGCACCAAGGCACGGAGAGCCCGUUCUACCCACUCCCACCCCAGUGCCACAGCAGCUCCAUCAUACAGAGCUUCAGCAAUCCAGCCCCCACCAACCACUGCCAGUGCUCAUCCCCCCAGACCUCUGGGGCUCCAGCUUAGGGCCUCCCAGGAGAUUUUCAGGAGCAUGAAGGAGCUUUAGACUCCAGUUUUAGCCUCCUGCCCCUCUCCUUGCACCCCUCACACAGCUCUUCUGCAGCUCUGAAAAUCUCCAGCAUCCCCGGAGCUGCCUGGGGUCAGUUCUGCAAGUCCUUGUGUUAUUUUUUAAUGUUUUGUAUUUAACCUAACAAGAAACCAGACUCUGCUCCUCCCACCCUAUCUGGUACCACAGGCCCUGCCAUGUCUUCCACAGCACACAGAUCCCCCAGCCCAUCCCUGUGGUUCCAAAUCCCCCCAGCCCUUCUCCCCCUCACCCCCCAUUGCUGUGGGGAUUUCCUGGGCUUGGCUCUCUACCCACCCACCCAGACUAUGCAAAGCUCCAUUGCCUGUUGUUUUAGUCAGGCUUUGUGACUCCUGGCCACGUCCAUUGGCUCCCUGAGUCUCUUUGAUCCAAACUUUGGGGACACACCACCAAGAGCUGCACUGCCCAGCCUUUCUGUGACCUAAAAGCACUGAGAAAUGUCCUUCAGGGCACUUCUGCUCCCUAACACCAAUCUCCUGAAAAACACCCCAAAUUUAGACCAAAUUCAAUGCUUGUCUACAUGGAGAAUCCACCAAAAGCAACCUCACAACAUGGAAAGUGCUUGGCACUGGCUCCUUCUCUGGGCUGAGUGGGCACAUGGGUUAGCACAGGGUAGGGGUGAGGUGUAAAUCCAUGCUGCACUUACUCUGUAGUAACUAAUAUGCAUCUCUUUGAAAAUUCUCCUGUCACCUUUUUGACUGCUCCUCUUCCAAGUGGUUUUUCCCUCCAGACAUUGCUGGGAUCCAGGGGGUGAGAAAGCCAAAUCCCCCAGACACGCUGUCAACAUUUUUCUCUCCACUAAAAGGGAUUCCAGGGACUCACAGCAAUAGCACAUCACUACAGCACUUUCUCGGGCUCCAUUCCCAUUCACCCCUUUGCCAGCACUCCAUCACAGCCUGCUGGCAUCUAAAAUGGACCAAAUCUGCAACUUUUCUUUUGCAAUUUAUCUUUUGUGAGUUCAGCAAGCAGGGAGUGCUGAGCAUUGCUGGGUGGGAGCUCCCUCCUCCAUCCUCUCUUCCAGGCACUGCAUCUUUUCCUCCUGAGCCCUUCAGAAACCCUCCCUUGGAUGUUCAAACUUUCAUCUUAUGGCUAUUGAAAUCCCAUCAAAUCCUCCAAAUUUUCCUUCUCUAACUCUUGGACCCAAAAGCUGCUUGCUGGGGAACACGUGGGGUUUUUUUUGGAGCUACAUAAAGGCAGUGCUGCCUGUCCCUGCAUCUCCUGCCCUCUGCCCUUGGAGCUGCUGGGAUUAGCUGAUGGGAAGAGCCCAGGAAGCUCCUCCUUGGGCAGGAAGGGCUCUUUUUCAGGGAAAAGUGCUGGAGGGAGUUCUAGGACAUGAGAGCGCCGAGCGUUUAUUAAGUAAGAAUUUAAAUGCUCUUUUAUCAUUAUAUAAAGCCUUUCAUCUAAAGUGCUUCUCUGCAUCCAAAGGAUUAAGCCCUGCCACCCCCCACGAGGUGAGUUCCCAUUACUGCUCUAAUUGCAGGGAUGGCAAAUGCUCAGGCACUGAGCAGCUCCCAGAUCAACCCCCUUUUCUUCCUCCUCCUUAACACAACCAAGUAUGAGCACGGAUUUCCUUGGAAUCUGUUUUUUUUUCAGUGGGAUCUAGACAAACUAUACCCCAAAAAUGGGAUUCCUGCAGGAAGGAGGGGGCUUGGUGAGGCAGCUGCCAGGAGAAGUCCCAGCCAGGGCAGCACAGAGCAGUGGAUUCCCCUGGAUGCAGGAGAAGGAAGAAGAUUUCCCCAAAAACCCCAGGGUGAUGAUUUGUUUGUGCCUCCUGUCUCAUUGUGAUGAGCUCAGGUGAUGCUUUUCACCUAUUAUAACAAAAGAGAAGAACAAAGACAUUUGAAUCCCUUUCAUUCUAAAAUCUCCCUGAAUAGAUACAAUUGUACUGCACCCUGAAACUCAGCUUUUUUUCCUUAUCCUGCAUUUAAAUCCAGAGGAAUCCUCUGCAGUUAUCCCUGACAAAAUAUUUUCUCUGUUUGUAACCUGCCUCUCCAGUGCUGGAGAAAUAAACUCUCCAGGGACAUUCAGAAAGUUCCUUCUCCCUGCUCCCCUCAUCAACUUCAUUCUGCAGCCUGUUCUGCAAAGAUUUUACCACUUUGCUCUCCCCACGGGUUUAUCCCAGCUCAGCUCCCUCUUUGGCUUUUUCUGGGGGUGGAAUUUGUUGGUAUUUGUGAAGGAGGAGGUUGCAGAGCCCCCAGCCCUCACCUGUGCUGUGUUACAGGGAGGUUGAUGAUGGCAGAACUCCACCCUGAGACCACCAGGCACAGUCACCCCUUUGGCUGCAUCCACCAGGAGCUCACCUUCACUUGGCUUGUAGCACACCACAGAAACUGUGCCAGGAGCCCUUUCCUCUCCAUCCCCACCCAGCAGCCCAGUUUCUGAUCCCCCAGCUCUGUGCCACCUGCUGCAGCCUCCUCUGAGCACACAGCUCAGAAUUCUCUGUGCUGGCAACUAAAACUGUCACAGAACCCUCGGGCUCUGGCCAACUUCUCCCCCCUGGAGAAGGAAAGGUGAGAGCAGGGUGACAAUCCAGCCCUACCUGACAGGGGAGCUCAGCUGGUAGGAGGAGAGCUCAUCAAGGGAUGGAGAAGGUGGGAAAUGUGUCUAAAAGUGAGCUGGAGUGGGAGUUAGGCUCGACAAGUGUGAGGUCCUGGUGCGAUGUAAAUACAUGGAAGGAGCCUUGGAUUAGAGCCCAGGGCUGGUGGCACCUCUGGCCCUGCUGUCCCUGGGCUCCUCUGCCAGGACCUGGGGCAGAGCUGGGCUCUGUGGGGUGCCACAGAAGGGCUGCUGGCUGCUUCAGCUGGAUUGAAGCUUUCAGCUGAACCAGCAGCAAACCUGGCUGGGUUUUGCAGCAGCUCCUCGUGGGAUGAGGAGGGUCAGGGAAGGUCUGGCCUGGGUCAGUGGGUCACUGCAGACACCAGGGGACCAGGGCACCACCAGAGGAAAGAAAAGCCACCCAAGGGUUUCAAAGUGUGCUCUGUGAGGGAUGGGUUUGCUUUUUCUGGCUGGUGUUCCACCCUGUUCCAGUUCACUCCUCUCUCUGCUGGUUUUACCCCUCAGCAUUCCCAGCCCGGAGCAUCCCUGAGCCCACAGCUCCUCCCUCCCUCCCUCUGCCUCUCCUCAAACCCUGCACUGAGCUCUGGGCUCUGCUGGAAGGGGUUACAGAGCCAGGGAACCUCUGGCCCAGCUCCCUGCAGUGCUGCCCAAAUUCCCUGCACAGAUUUCUCCAUGUAGACAAGGGGAGCAGAUCCUGCCUUUUAUACAAAAUGAAAUCUCUGUUUCCCUUCCCUCUGAGCCCAGGAGAGGCUGCAGAAAGGCACCCACUGGGCUGGCCCCACCCUUGCCCUGUGACUCCUCACAGAGCCACAGCCAGGGCUGCACUGUCAAGCUGAAAUAAUUCAGAUUUAAGCUCUUUUUCCUUUCAGUAUACAGCCUUUAACUUUGGCAAAAACCAGUUAGGUUUGGACUGAAAAACUCCCCUGCUUGGGCACAAGCCAAGGGAGUGGUGGGGGGAGGGAAGCAGCCUUUUCAAAGGGAGAAUAUUUGUAAAGCAUUUGCUGACACCAGUAGGUAGCAAAAUUCCAACCUAUAAAUACCCAUCCAGGAUAAGAAACAUCAGAAAGGGAACAUGUGCAGGAUUCACCAAGGCAACCCUGGCACCACCUGGGAGCCCUUGUUGGGAAGUGCCAGGACCUGAUCCCUGGCAUGGAAGUGCAGGGUCCAUCCCCCCACUGGGAGAGCCACAGCUCACACACAGCAUGAACACACCAGGAAUUGCAGCUGGGUGCUUCUCUUUGCUGACAAAUGUUUCUUUUUCUGCAGGAUGGUAUGGUAUAUCUUAUAUACUUUCUUUGUAUUUCUUGGCAUGAGAAAAAAAAAAAUUAAAAUGUAACAUGCAUGGUCAAAGCUGAACUGGUUUCUUCUGUCUAAAUGAGAAAAAAAAAAUUAUCCAAGUUACUCAUUCAGCAAUUGCUUCACACUCUGAGAGCAACCAGUUGGUAUUUUGGGUGCAGUGGGUUGCAAAUAAUAUGUACAGGCAAAGAGUAGAGAAAACAGCACAAGUCAGAGCAGGGAGAGGUGCAGACAGAGCAGCCUGGUGCUGGUUUUAACCAAAAACUCUUCCCAGGAGUUUUUCCAACCAGAGUGGAAAGCUGCUGCCUGCCACACCCAGCUGGGGUCACCACAGGGUUUGUUGUGUCCAUGGUCAGCCAGGCUGAUCCCCACAGAAGCUGAGGGGCACAAUCCCUCAUUCAGCUGGGCCCAGCUCUCCUCUC